GUGUUCUCUGGUGUUAUUUGUGUCAGGUUGAUUUUUUUUUAUAUAUAUAUACAUAUAUAUAUAUAGUAUAGGGGGGUUAGUCGAAUUCGUUCGACUAGCAAGAACUAUUUUUGGUAAUGCAUUUAAGGAUAUCAAUUAUUUUAUGUUGUACAAUCCUGCUGCGGUUAGCAGUGGCAAAUCAGAAUGCUUAUGGCUUGACGGGAGAUGCAAUUGACAUUGAUGUAGAGGGCAGUGGAGGUGAUUUUAAAAAUUACAGCGGAUCAGGAGACAGGCAGGACACAGAUGAUGAAGACUUUGAAGGACCUGUAGAUCCACCUCCCAAGGUGAUAACAUCGACGACGACUACUCAGGCUCCUAUUAUAAAUAGGAAGAUACCUGAUUUAGGAGAAAAUCCUGACGUAAUAAUGAACCCGAAACAAGAAGAACCUCCAGCUUCUUUCUUUGCUCAGCCGGGAAUUUUAGCGGCUGUAAUUGGAGGUGCUGUAGUGGGACUUCUCUGUGCGAUACUUGUGGUAAUGUUCAUCGUAUACAGAAUGCGUAAGAAAGAUGAAGGAUCGUACGCGUUAGAUGAGCCGAAAAGAUCGCCAACAUCGACUUCGUUUAAUCGAGGCAACAAGGAGUUCUACGCUUGAAGAAGUUAGUGCGGUUUUAAAACAAACAACCAAAUAAGGACUAUUUAAUUAAAAAAAUCAGUGGUCAGCAGUUUUUCUAGUAAGGCGGAGUAGCUACCGAAUCUCCCACCAGCUUGUAGUGCUGCUUUUAUGUCAAAAACAAAAAAAAAAUAAGAAUUCUUUCGAUCCGAUAAUAAUUGAUUUUUAAGAAAUAAAAAAAAAUGGAUUUUAAAAUGAAAUGGAAACGCACACUCUUCCUUAAGCGGAAAUUUUAAUUAAUAAUAAUACGUAAAGAGCGAAAAUCUUUUUUCUUUGCCUCAAUAAAAAUAAUAAUUAAAAAAAACGCGGCGCAAUUCGUAUUAAAAAGAAUAAUCCGGUCUAACUCCAAAAACUGCCAAAACGGUGUGACUAAAUAAAUAAUAAAAAAAUUGGAAUUGUGAAAAAAUAAUAAUAAUAAAACAUCCUCUGGUUUUAAAACUUGACUGCGUGACGAUCGCAAUAAAAGAAAUGUCAUGGCACGUUUAAAACACUGUAAACAUAACAAAAAAAAAUACCCAUUUAUAUGUAUAUAAUAUAUAUCAUGAAGAUUAACUGAGUGUUUUUCGUCCAUUUACCUUUUUUGGGUAUAUAGUACACGACUCUUUUUUAAACAUUUUUUCUAUAUACUUUUUUAACAAAAAUAUAAAAAAAUUAGUUGCCUGUAAUACUCUAUAAGAUUGAAUUCAUUAAUUAACAAAUCAAAUACAGUUUAUAUCCAAGUACUA